CCAUGGAAACCCUCCUCUUCUCCUCUCGAAACUUCGGCGAAACAAUGGAGACGAUGCUCUUUCGACGUAGCCGACUUCAGUCGAGCAUCAGUGGCACCUACCACGGUGAACCCUACAUGCAGUCACUAAAGCGCUCCUACGAGCUCCAUGGCUCGACAAUGACGCUCACCGCGUUUGUCGCCCUCCUCUACCCCUUGAUGACGACACACAGAAGCAGGCGUUCGUGGCUCUUUGCUGUCAAUUGCCUCUCCAUAUCCCUUGCCCUCAGCGUCGGCUUGGUCGGCAUCUUUGGCGCAGGUGCGCUCAAGGACGAGUACUUCCAUCCCUCGCACCAAGCGACGGUCAAGGUAGCCAGAUUGAUGAUGUAGGUAUUGCCCCUCACGCCUCUCGUCCCCCUUUCCUUUUUGCUGAGGGUGGAACGGAGCAGUGCCUUUGAUUUCGUCGUUACGCUCGCUCCCCUCGCCGCCACGGGUACACUCUACGCGUGCCUCGAUAUUCUCUUUCCUGCGGCCCAUGGCAAGCUCAAGCGACACUCGAUCCUCACCUCCUUUCUCGUCAUCCUGGCACUUCGCCUUGCCAAUUGUAUCAUCCUCGUCAUCACAGGUGUCAUCUACAUUCUUGGCCCCGCACAACGAGGAGAUGUGCCAGCCAUGUUGUCCUACCAUGACCA